CAUAGGUACGACAACUUCAUCGUGGAGUUCUUGAAGGGAGAGCGCUUACCUCUCAACACCUUGUCUCGUCCUCGGUCGUGGAAUCACCUGCUAUGGCACCUCAUGCGAUCCUCUCUGUAUCAGACAGGCAAGCGGCUACAAAAUAGCAGCAAGAGCAAUUACGAUUGGCUUCACGGUUCUCCCUCCGAGACUAAGGAGCCUUGGGUGAACUGGAUGGAACUCUUUGACAUCUACAGCGAACAAGUUGACUAG